AUGAGGGUUUUUAAAGGUGCCCCAAGGAGGCUCCUCAGCUCCAGUCUCACCGGCUGCUGCUCCUGAACACCUGUCACCAUGUGGCUUCUGAUCCUGUUCCUCGCCCUAUCCCUGGGAGGCACUGGUGCUGCGCCUCCCCUGCAGUCUCGGAUUGUCGGAGGAUCGGAAUGUGAGAAGAAUUCCCAGCCCUGGCAGGCGGCUGUGUACCACUACAGUAGAUUCCUAUGCGGGGGCAUCCUGGUGAGCCCCAGCUGGGUGCUCACAGCUGCCCAUUGCCACAAAGACAAGUACCAGGUUUGGCUAGGCCGCCACAGCCUAUUUGAGGAUGAACCCUCAGCUCAGCACCGGUUUGUCGACAAAAGCAUCAUCCAUCCUGACUUCAACCUGAAGCUCCUGGAGAAUGACGCCCCGAAAGCUAAGAAGGACUACAGCAGUGACCUGAUGCUACUACAUCUCAGCCAGCCUGCUGCGGCCACAGAGUAUGUGAAGACCAUCAGUCUGCCCUCUGAGGAGCCCAGGCUGGGGAGCACCUGCCUUGCCUCAGGCUGGGGCAGCACUGACCCCAUCAAGUUCGUAUACCCAGAUACUCUCCAGUGUGUGAACAUCACGCUCCUGCCCAAUGAGGACUGUGCCAAAGCCCACAUCCAAAAGGUGACAGAUCUCAUGCUGUGCGCAGGAGAGAUGGAAGGAGGCAAAGACACUUGCGUGGGUGACUCAGGCGGCCCGCUCAUCUGUGAUGGUGUGCUUCAAGGUGUCACCUCAUGGGGCUAUGCCCCAUGCGCCGUACCCAACAAGCCAGCCAUCUACACCAAACUUACUGAUUUCAUCUCCUGGAUACAAGAAACUAUAAAUGAAAACUGAGUGUCACACUGUCCCCUGCUCCCAAUAAAACCCACCAUGCAGCAAAUGA